UCCGAGCCUCUCUUCAUUUGAGACUAGCCUUCCUGUCCCUGCCUCCUAUGGCAGCUUCUUCCAAACCGACAGAUGAAAAAACCGAUCUCUACAACCGCAAUUUGACGAGUCGAAAAUACGCCCUUUUCGGAAUGACAUGCUCAAAUAUCUUCAGCUGCUCAUGCAUCGUUGCAGGUACUGUCACUUUAGCCAAACGCGGAGUCUCGGGAGUUGCUGUGGCUAACUUCAGUCCUCGGGAGGGGGAGAUAUUGGCCCUGACGCUUAACUUAAUCGUCAUGUUAUGCACCGAGUCCAUAGGCUUCGUACACAGCAUCUCAUUGCGCUCUGCGCUGGCCUCAGAGUCUCGGUUUUGUUUCAACACCAAUCUGGGCCUCCCUCAUCAUACGUUCUGGUCUUGAAUCGGAGAGGGCCUUAUCUG